AUGAGCUCACAAACGCAGAGUGUUCAAUUGCUGCUCAAUUCUUUCCCCCAACGUCCAUUCGAUCAGAAAAUAUUGCAUGAACUAGUAGGAAGAGAGGUUAAGAAGUUCCAAGGCAAGUCUUCUCCAGACAACGUCAAAAGUCAAUGGGAGUUCCUCCUCAAGAAUGAGGUGUUCACCUUAGCGGCAACCGAGGGUAGUGCAUUGAAGUCCGAUACCACCUCGUACUAUGACGGUCUCCGCGACAGACUCGACUUGGUGCUGACAUUCACCGAACACGAUGUAUGCGAGGCAACCUUCCCUUUUACUGUCCUUCAGGAUCUUCUCGAGACACAGACCAUCACAUCUUGCUCGCAGAUAUUCUCUUGGAUUGAGUCAAGCGCUUCUCGACUCACCAAGGACAUGGUGCCGCAGAAGGGCAAGGCGCUCAUACUAUUGCGCACGCUCAAUGAUCUCCUGCGCCGCCUUUCAAAAAUGGGCUCUACGACGAUAUUUUGCGGUCGUAUAUUGACCUUCUUGAGUGGCGUUUUCCCUUUGGGCGAAAGAAGUGGUGUGAAUCUACGAGGAGAGUAUGGGCCUAUGUGGGAAGGAGUCAAGGAUGCAGAGAAAAAGGACGAAGAUGUGGAGGCAUCCAAGGGCCCUGAAGACAGCCAAAAAAUGGAGGUAGAUAAAUCUGCAGAUGCCAAAGACAAGGAUAGUUUCUACACUACGUUUUGGUCCUUGCAGCUGCCUUUCUCCCGACCUCCAUCGUUUGCCAUUCUCAAUACAUUUGGAGAAUUUAAGGAUGCUGUGGACAAGGUUCUACCUGUCAUCAAGGAGGCGACCACGAAGGAGCGCGCCAUGAUGGGUAAUAGAGGUGCCAGUGGUGCAAGCGGUAGCCUAAAACGAAAACGAGAACCAGAGUUGGGUGAAGCAAGCAAUAAUAGCGAUUACUUCUUCGCAAAGUUCUUGACAAGUCCAGACCUUCUUAACCUAGAGAUUGCGGACACCCAUUUUCGUCGACAAGUCCUGUUCCAACUCCUCAUCCUCCUCCACCAUCUGUUAUCAUUCACCAAAGUUGCGAAGGCUGUGUGGUCCACACCCAGGAACAGAUCCCUCCAAAUGGACUUUACGCUUGAACCUGCAGAUGCGCAGUGGGUCCAUGACACGAUCGCAAAGGCAUCUGCGGAGCUGCGGUCUACCGCUCCGAACGGUCCCACAUUUGCCGACACCGUGAAUGUCAUUCUUGAUCGGGAAAAGAACUGGGUGAAGUGGAAGAACGACCUUUGCGCUCCUUUUGAUAGGGAGCCAUGGUCAGCCGAAGUGGAUGGCAGAAAGGUAGGGAUGGAGACGGCGAUGAGGGAGGCUCGGUCGAAGAGAAAGGAGGGUCCUGAUCCGUGGAAUUGGAACCUGGGGUCGGAGUCGCUGACUGAGAUAUGGGAGAUGGGGUACAGGGAUUUGUCUGACCUGCAGAAUCCCUUCCAACCGGGUGACGUUAAGGAUUUCGUGAAGAAGGUCAAGCAAGAAGAUGCUCGCAUCGAAAUGCGCAGAAAGCAGCUCACGAAGAAUGCCGAACGCUUAGCUCAAGCACGAGCCAAGGCAGUUGCUUUGCAAGAGUCCACUGCACGGCAAGAGACACCAGCUCCUGCACCGACAGCAGCAGAACCACCCAAAGUGGACACGCCAGCAACGUCGUUCUCUGCUUUGUUGUCGGUACCCAGUGUCUCCAGUUCGCCCUUGCAUCCAUCCCUCCCCCCGAAGCCUGGUUCUUCCCCAGUGAAAUCAUUCAUAGAAGCAGGUGCAUCGAGUCCUGCGCGUCCUCCAAUUACUCCCACACCAUCAUCCUCAACGAUUGCAGCACCUACGCCAACUCCGGCUCCAGCUGCAGCCUCUGUCUCAGAAACCUCUACUACCACUGUUCUACCACCUGCCCCUUCUCUGACUGACGAUCAGAUAGCUCGAUAUGAAGAGAACAGACAACGCUGGUCGUGGCUAGCCUUGCGCACGGCACGAGAUCAAUAUCUGCAGCAUUUCGGCAAGAUCGGUACGGGAGACGUGGUUUUACUUGCCAAUGAGAUUGAAGUGGAGAAGGAGCGAGAUAAGAAUCAAAAGACACAGAAAGCCGAGGAGAUGAUACCUACUCUGUCUACGCAAGGAACUGAGGACCGCAGACCCGGCAAGGCAGGGCGUGUCCUGGUGACUGGCGGAGCUGGCUACAUCGGCUCACAUGUAAUAUACGCUCUUCAGCAGACAAGAAGAUACAAAGUCAUCUCUGUCGACAACCAUCACAACUCAUUCCCUGCGUCGCUCACUCGUGUGUCCCAAAUUGCGCGAGAUGCACUUCCCGAAAACUCGUCGGAGGCAGACAAGGAGAGCGCAGAAAUUGAUGCAUUUCAGUGCGACUUGACCAAUGCGGAGCAAAUCAAGGGCAUCUUUGAACGCUAUGGCAAGUGCGGAAUUUGGGGUGUCGUCCACAUUGCCGCAUACAAAGCGGUCGGCGAGUCUGUUGAGAUUCCCUUGACAUACUACGCGAACAACGUUGCUGCCACGGUGUCACUGCUGCAGACCAUGUCCGACUUUGACUGCACUCGCAUUGUCUAUUCAUCUUCUGCUACUGUCUACGGAACACCCCCUGUGAUCCCGAUUCCCGAAACGACGCGUCUCAAAGCAGACAGCCCUUACGGCAAGACCAAGGUCAUGUCUGAGAUGGUUAUCGAUGAUUUGUGCCACGCUGAGCCGAACAGAUGGCGAGCCAUCUCGCUUCGCUACUUCAACCCUGCGGGCGCGCAUCCCUCGGGGUUGAUAGGUGAGGAUCCCCGAGGUCGCCCAGGGAACUUGUUGCCUUUGCUAGCACAUAUGGCCAUUGGGCGCGUAAAUGAUACCACUCUGAAAGUGUUCGGAAAUGACUACCCCACCCCGGAUGGUACCUGCGUCCGAGACUACCUCCAUGUACUUGAUUUGGCCUCCGGACACUUGCUCGCUCUUGACGCACUUGCGCCUGAAUCUACUACCUUCGAUAACUGCCCCGAUGAGGCGCGCUACAAGGCAUACAAUUUAGGGAAAGGAAAGGGUAUGAGUGUCCUUCAAAUUGUUGAGGCAAUGCGCAAGGCUACAGGAUUCGAUUUCAAAUAUGAGAUCAUUGGAAGACGCCGCGGUGACGUCCCUGAUCUUACUGCGGAUCCCGCGCUGGCUGAAAAGGAGCUGGGCUUCAAGGCACCGCAGCCUUUAGAGGUUAUGUGCAGAGAUUUAUGGAACUGGCAGACGAUGAACCCUCAAGGAUAUACCCAACAGUAA